AACUUCUGCUUUGCAUCACAUCUACAUUUUCGCUGCAUUGACAAUAUGAGCGGACGUGGCAAAGGAGGUAAAGGACUUGGAAAGGGUGGCGCUAAGCGUCAUCGCAAAGUUCUUCGCGACAACAUCCAGGGUAUCACCAAGCCUGCAAUCAGGCGACUGGCUCGCCGUGGUGGUGUGAAGCGUAUCUCUGGGCUCAUUUACGAGGAGACCCGUGGUGUGCUGAAGGUGUUCCUUGAGAACGUGAUCCGUGAUGCCGUCACCUACACCGAACAUGCUAAGAGGAAGACCGUCACUGCCAUGGACGUCGUCUACGCUCUGAAACGCCAGGGCCGUACUCUGUACGGAUUUGGCGGCUAGAUCUUUCCUUUUCUCUGACAUGACCCAAAGGCUCUUUUAAGAGCCGCCCACACAAACUAUGAAGGUGUAUUCCAAUACAAUAUAUAAUAGAAUCCUAACAUUAGUUUCAUUCUGAUUCCAUCGUUAUUGUCUUUAAUUUCUUAAUUGAAUAACCAUGGCCAUUAUUCAUAAUAUUCAAGUCAUGGCGGCGAUCAAA